UGCCGGGUUUCGUGAAAACAAAUCCAGCACAAAAACACAACUGAUACUGAUAACGUGUCCUGCAGCGCGUUGAGAAGCGUUGAUAAUAAUCGUUUCUUUUCGGAAAUAUGAACAUUAAACCAAGUGGCAGGGAGAAACACUAAACAGCAACCGAAGAUGGCCGAAGAACUGGCCCAGGAUUACUCGGGCUACUUCAAAGCUUCCAAUCUGGAUCAGGAGCUUAAGCCAAUCUCUGUCGGCAUCGACCGGAUGAUGCUGCGGCUGGAGGAGUUUGAAAAUCUGCUCGAGCUGGUAAAGGCCGAAUCGAGCGUGGCGCUCACGCAGAACGUGCCGCAGCUGUUGGCCCUCCGGCCAGAGCUGGACGUGCUGUGCGAUCGGAUCGACAAGCUCGAGCAGUUCGUCGGAAUGGUCGGUCGGAACCUGGACGCGGUCGAGAAGCAGGUGCAGAUUGCGGAGGAAGAGCUAGACAUUCCGGACAAAACGAUCAACGUGCUGCUCAAGUCGCUCAACAUUUUCGGCAAACCGAAGCCCACCGAACGGUUGACGAACCGGAAUGCGAACGGACUGUACGAACCGGUCGCCGUGUUUAAGACGGAACAGUACUUUCGACCAAACGGGCCGGAACAGAAGCCGCAGGCGGAGAAGGAGGGAAACAAAGAGGAACCGGUAUCCUCCGGUGAAGACUGUGAUACUGGUACGCCGGAAAAGUGAAUGGGAUGGAUUUCCACUCUACGGACUGAAAAUCAUGCAAAGAAGACAAUGAAUGGAUUGCAAUAAGCUUGGUUUAAGUGUGCGAACAGAAUGAGGUUCAGAAAUUACAAAAUAUUUAAAAUCGCAAUGGAAUGAUUGCGAAGCAAAGGAACUUAAUAAUAAUGAUUUGUGCCCUUUUUAGAAAAAGCAGCAAUAUAUACUCGUAUUUAUAUUUGGGGCCAUAAUAAAAACGUUCUUUACUGGAUCACUGGAAAUCUAA